CUCGAAUACGCAUAUGCCAUGUUCCUCCCUCUCUGACAUAUGCGCUUUUAUUUUUUAUACCUUGAAGGAUCCAGUACGCACUCUGAUGUAUGAAAAUGUCAAUGCAGCAAGGCCGUCGUGCAUCGCAACCUUGAAGUUCGGUGUUCCGCACUACAUUUCCGCGACUCCGCGUCACCCGUCAGUUCCUGACACCUGAACAACCAACGCAACCGCUUCAACAUGUCGGACGAACGUACACGUCAACCGUACAAUGCGUCGGCGACAAUCAGACGAGUUACCGCGAUUCGUAGACGAAGCUAAAUCUCCCUCGUUCCGCCUGCGACGCCGCCACGCGUACUACUUCCUCGGCUUCUUCUUUAUCUGCUGGAUCCUAUAUCCAUCGCGCAAGACGACACCUCAUACUGGAGAUGCUAUCAGGGUCAACUGGUCAAACUAUGCCUACAGCGUGUACGCGACCGACAGCACCGAACUAUGUCACGCCGUAAUGGUCCUGGACGCGCUCGCUCGAUUCGGUAGCAAAGCGGACCGCGUCCUCUUCUACCCGGAGCGUUGGGACACAAAAGUAGACAGCCCUCAGGACCGAGACAGUCAGCUGCUCAAUUUGGCGCGCGAUGAAUACAAGGCAAAGCUUCAUCCCAUCAGGCUGCUUGAGGUGGCAGGCCGUACAGAAGGUGACUGGGUAUGGGACAAGACCGUCACGAAGCUCAUGGCCUUUGGUCUAGAGUACUACGACCGCGUAAUCGCUUUGGAGUCGCAGAUCACGCUCCUCGACAAUCUCGAUGAGCUCUUCCUCCUCCCACAGACGCCGAUAGCGAUGGCACGGGCAUAUUGGACGGAUAGCAAACCAUGGCCAUUGUCGACGACGCUCAUGGUUGUCAAACCUAGCCUCGACGAGCUUGCGAAGUUCAAGAACCGCAUGGAAGGGGGUGGUGAUAGCAUGUUGGUCGAGAUGCACAGAUAUGACAUGGAGGUUCUCAACGAACGCUUCGAGGAGAGCGCGCUAGUACUUCCACAUCGACCUUACGCCCUUCGUACGGCAGAGUUCAGGCGCCACAAUCAUUCCGAGUAUCUAGGCAGCGCUGAUGAGACAUGGAACGCUGAGAAGGUCUAUAAGGAGGGGAAGAUCAUCCACUUCAGCGACCUGCCGCUGCCUCCCCCGUCAGUCAUGUGGUCAGAAGAGGCGUUGAAGGAGAUGCAGCCCGAUUGUGGCGGCAGUCCUGAAGCAACCUGCGCUGAAAGACGGAUAUGGAAAGGCUUAUAUGAAGAUUUCAGAAAGAGGCGAAAGGACGUUUGCAAGCUGCUCAGUGUGCCAGCACCGGACUGGACCAAGAUCAAAAGCGAGCAUCAUCACGAGGUUGUGACUGGGUUUGGUAGUAUUGCGCCGAUAGGUGAGGCUGCGUCUGUGUCUGGUUCUGGUUCUGGUUCUGGUUCUACUUCUACUUAUGCUCCUGGUGCACCUUCAAGUGAGAAAUAGCUAGUCAUUAAUCUCCGCAAAUCCGUGUACCUGCAUCUUGACCAACAUUUGGCUCUCGCUUGCGGCCCGAUUGUAGUGUUCGCCAGCCCAUGCCGAGGAAAAUCUGAAACUGAUGAGC